UCUCACAAAAAUAUCCUCUCGCACGAAUCAACCCUAUCUGGAUUUAGGGUCUCUGCGAUCCGUCUAGGGUUCUUAUCGAUCAACCCUAUACUUCAAUUUUACCGAUAGAUUCUAUAUUAUUGUUCUACCCUAUACAUAGUUUGAUUUGUCAAAUCAAUUAGGUUUCCUUUCACAAGAUGAUGCAACCAGGAAACGGCAUGGCACCAGUACCAAUGGCUCCGAUGCAGCCGCCACCACAACAACAGCAGUACCAACAAGCACCACCGCAACAGCAGUGGAUGAUGCCUCCACCGGCUCAACAACAGCACCAACAACCGCUGCCGCCCCAUAUGUGGGCCCAGCAACAGGCACCGCCUCAGCAGCAGCAACAAGCACAACAUAUGAUGCAAGCAAAUCAGCAGUCGCAGCAGUAUUCUUCUGCUCCGGCGAGUUCCGAUGAGAUUCGGUCUCUUUGGAUCGGAGACUUGCAGUAUUGGAUGGAUGAAACAUAUGUUACUAAUUGCUUCUACAACACCGGAGAGGUUCUCACGGUGAAGAUUAUUCGCAACAAACAAACUGGACAACCUGAAGGCUAUGGUUUUAUUGAGUUCAGGAGUCGUGCUGGUGCAGAAAAUGCUUUACAGACCUACAAUGGGACACUGAUGCCAUCUACUGAGCAGAAUUUUCGCCUUAACUGGGCAACCCUUGGUGCUGGUGAGAGACGCAAUGAUGACACUCCUGACUACACAAUCUUUGUUGGUGAUCUUGCUGCUGAUGUUUCGGAUUACAUAUUGCAAGAAACGUUCAAAACUGUUUACCCGUCAGUCAAGGGAGCGAAAGUUGUCACUGAUAGAACUACUGGACGUUCUAAAGGAUAUGGUUUUGUUAGAUUUGGAGAGGAGAGUGAGCAAGUUCGUGCCAUGUCUGAAAUGAAUGGUGUUUUAUGUUCAUCCAGGCCAAUGCGUAUUGGCCCUGCAGCUACCAAGAGUGGUGGUGGUGGUGGCGGUGGUGCAGGUGGUGGAGGUGGUGGUGGUGGUGGUAUGCAGAAAGCCCCUUACCAAAGUGGUCAAGGAAGUCAGGGAGAGAGCGACCCAAACAACACAACUAUAUUUGUUGGUGGUUUGGAUCCAAGUGUUUCUGAUGAAACCCUAAGGGGGGUGUUUGGUCAAUUUGGUGAACUAAUUCAUGUGAAGAUUCCCGUAGGCAAGCGAUGUGGAUUUGUUCAGUUUGCCAACAGAGGGUGUGCAGAACAAGCUUUAUCGAUUCUAAAUGGAACUGAAUUAGGAGGCCAAAAUAUCCGGCUUUCUUGGGGUCGUAGUCCUUCAAGCAAACAGGGGCAAUCGGAGCAGCCACAUUAUGGUGGUGGAGGUGGCGGUGGUGGUGGUGGUGCUUAUUAUGGGUAUGCUCAAGGGUAUGAGGCGUAUGGGUAUGCUCCUCCGCCUCAAGAUCCAAAUGCUUAUUAUGGAGUCUAUGCAGGGGCUGCAGGGUAUGGUGGUUACCAACAACCACAGCAGUGAUGAUUAGCAUUGAAGGUUGGGGGUGUGAGCUGUUAUAUGAAGUUGGUCUGGUCUGUACUAUAUAUGGUGCGUGGAGUUUAAUAUAUGUGCCCAAGAGAAACAAACAUCUCCCUAUUGUGGAUGUCGAUGUUACUUUUUUUUUUCUUGAUAUUAUGUUUGCUGAUCUAACUGUGGGUUUGAGAUUGUUAGAGAUGUUUGUUAAGAAUAUUGGAUUGUUGCUGUAAGCCUAGUUUUCUUUUCAA